GUGGAUGUGCUCAGUCUAAGUCAGAGUGCAGUACGGGACAGUGAGGAACUGAUCUCUUUCUUCAUACACAGCUGGCAGCAGCAUUUCCCUGCUGUGAGCGGGGCCUUCAUGGAUUCUCCGUACAAUGGCAACACGUCCCUGCAGACGUCUACCUCCAACCUCAACGCCGGCUACUCUCGACCCUCAGAAGCAGAGGAUGACGGGAAAGUGUCCAGCGACACCAUUUGGCUCUGGAUCGCCGUGCUGGCAACUAUCGGCAACAUAGUGGUGGUGGCCGUGGUUUGUGCCUGUGCCUUCUGACAGCAUGGGAGAGCAGAGCAGAAAUACUGCUGCUGUGUUGGAACAUUGGAAACCUUUAAAUGUAUAUCCUCGGAAAUGAUGUAAUAUAGCCUUAAAUUGGAUUUCAACUGAUGACCAUGGAUUUUUUAAAGUACACACUUAUGAUAGAAACAUUCAACUUGAAUUUCAAAAGAGGACACAAAACACAUUUAUUUAUUCAAAAGAGGUCAUCAUGUCAAAUAUUGGCCUGAGUCGAAGCCUCAAACCGACCAAACAACAACACUCUCUGAUACCAUACAUGUAAAUACUAACGCUAUACCCAGCAAGAACUCACCAUGUUGGAUUCCCAUAGUUUAAAGAUGAUCCUGCUCCUGCAACCUUGGGAAGGUUGUCACUGCAGUAAAACAAAUCUCACUAAUUCACUUCAUAGUUUUUCAGCUUUGGAUUUCAACCUAUAACCUUUCGAUGACGAGCCUUAUACAAUCACAAUCACCCAAAACUAGGAGCCAUGCCCUAUCAUCACAUCCAUGUUGAAUGAACCUUUGGAUGAAACGUUAUUCAGAUUCAGCCACAUUUAAUGGAUGAUUUGUUUUAUCAGCUUUCAAAUACAUUUACACUAUUAUUAUUAUUUUAAUGAGCAUUAGUCCCAGAGCUAAACACCAAAUGUAUUCAAUUUGGAUUCCAAACGUGAUAACAUCAUAGUUCACUGCUCGCCAAUGGUCAGUUUGUUAUGCAAGCCAAGCUGGUGUUAUGUAAACCCAUUCAGUCCCAGUUACACCACAGGCUCAGCGGAGGUCAGCGUUUGAUCUCUUACAGGGAUCAUAGGCCAGAAAGAGAUCCACAGUCGUGGCUGCGCAUGAUUUAGUUGUUUGAACGCUCAGAGGCCUGAGCCCAGUGACACAGAGUGUCAAGAGGAUGCUCGAUCAAAGCGCUGAACUGUAACCUGUGCUGUCUUUACUAUUAUUUUCUAUUUGGUUGUUUUCCUUUUUACAUUUUCAGCAUCCAGUGUAUUUACAAGAGUAAAUCUGAAAACUUGCAAUGAGGAACUGACCCCUGAGAAGCCUUGCUCCCUUUAGUUACGGUUGCUGUGUCUGCUAAGCUUUAUUUUCCGUAAAAAGUGCAACUGUUUUAGACAGAGGUGGCCAACAUUCAGAUUGGGUGUACACAUUUUAUUUUGGCUAUAUUUUCAUAUGGUUCAGUCAGACUUUGCAAUGCGAAACUGGAGUGUAACAUGUGUUUAAUGUCCGGUUUAACCGAUUGGGACAUUUGCGUUCACACAUGCGGCUCCUCCGGUUUAUGUCUCGAAAGCUCAAGGUUUGCAGUUCAUGUCUGAAAAAAGCUUUUGUCUGUUACAUGGUACAAAGCCUCUGGCUGGGUAACAAACUGUGGUGAGCCUCUCGCUUGCAAGCAGUUACAAAGAGUUGCUAAAAGGGUGCAAUAAUGGAAACUGUUUGCACCGGUUCAUUUAGAAAGAGCAGUGGUCAUUUACUCACUCACCCAUUGAGUUUUGCCAAUGUAGCAUGAGCUAAAGAUAUCUAAUAUCACAAAACAAUGCUGUUUGAUUGGCUCCUUGGCCUUGUACUGCUUGAUGUUAGUGGAGCUCUGUGCUGUACUUUUAGCUCCUUCAGGUUCAGAUACACGCAGUGGCUUCCAGCAUGGCCUUCCCCAGCAAGACCAAAACCUUCUACCUAGACUCAAGGAGGAUCCUACCACACCCAGAUGUCUCUUGGCAGUAGAGGUUUACCUUUCCCUUCCUCCCUCUUAAAUUCCACCUCAACCUCCUCCUUUGCAUCAUCGCCCCCUCUCCCUACCUCACCUGCAGAGACCACAGCCCACAUUUAGACACCGCCCUUCAAAAUCGAUGCUAUCUCUUAGUUUCAAAUUCCCCACCAUGCUUAUUCACCAUUUGAGGGAAAUGAAUCCUGACAGAAUGCUAUGAUUGGACAAUUGCUGUUUUUACGAUGGAGUGCAGGAAAACCCUCAGUUAUGACUUUCCCAUGCCGUGACUACAGCUUAUUUUUAUAUCUCCAUUACUUGAUACAUCAGCAAGUUCUAGUCUCCUCUGUGUCCAUGAACAUCCACACUAAUAGGUUACCGAAAAAAAUCCAAUUCAUCUGCACCCGCAUGUCUCGCAUUUGAAGAAACCAUGACAGCCCUCAAAAAGCCCAGCGGAAACAAACUCCUCUCAGAGAGGAGCAGGGCUCUGCAGCGGUUGAGCAGUGAUUUGUUGAAAUUAACAAGCGAUGGUCACAGAGAAUAAUUUCUGUCAGGGUUACUUAAAAAGUAAUAGAGGAAACCUCAUGAAACUAGCAGAAGAAUCCAACCAUACACUUGCUCAUUAGUCUGCUUCGAACUUUGCCUGGUGCUUGGUGCUAUAUGGACAGUGCGCUUUAAGCUAGCUGCUGAGACUGGAAACUACACUGACAAGAGCAUUGAGCGUGAACCAAGACAAGUGAAUAAAAAGAAUCAAAAGGCCAAAGGCUUAUUCUGUCAAAUUAAUUUAAGUCACUAAGGUAUUACCUCAGUAGCACCCUUAAGGCUCAUUUAUGCAUCCUUUACGUGCUGAAAGAGGUACGUCGUUUCAAAAGUGAUGCAACCAUAACUGCUCAUGUGUCUUUAUCAUUGGCAUGGUUGUUAGGCAAUACAUCCAUUAGAGGGCAGCGCAGAGUCGAGAGAGUGUGUUCGUGAAAUAACUUUAUGUAGUAUUUUCUUAACAACUCAAGGUCUCUACUCAAAAGGUUUCACAUUUGUUUCACAAAAUUGACGUUUAGUCCAUUUUGUGGGUAUCCGCACGCCUUCAGAAGAUGUGCCCGUUUACGAAAUGAAGUUAGAGAAUGCAUUUUAAUUAAAAAAAAGUCAUUCUAACCCAAAACGCAAAUCACCCUCGUCAUAAAACGACAUGAAAAGACAAAAAUUAUUAUCAUCAAAACAUUCGAUCGCAAAAUACUUGAAUGUAUUUUCUAGAGAGCCUAUGUCAACAUUUUUGUUUGUUAAAUUGAACAAUUAACUAAGAAUAUGGUAGAUCAUCAGGUCAACUAGU